CUAGGUAACCAAUACCCGCGGCCGUCGAGAGACAGGCCCGCCUAUGGAUACGGCAGCAUCUAAGACAAGUUGCAUGGGUGUGGAGAUCGGGUUCUGCAUGCUGCGUUUAGUUCUCUCGCACGACAUUCCUUGGAAUCUUCGAAAGGAAGGUCACGGCAAGGCCAAACCCUGAUUCUUCUAUUUCCAUACAUAGCUCGAGUACAUAGCGAGGAUCCCGAUAGGAGGAGAGGUCCUUGUGUAAUCUUUACACUAGACAAGUCGCACACCCUCUUCCCAACAGAGAUCCUUCGAGAUGUCUACAGAACCGCUUGUCCCCUCUUCCAUACCCAAUUCUCAAUUUCAAAGGCAGAAGUUGUCGUAUCUGGAAGGACCUGUAGAUCCUCCGUUGGUAGAUUUGACACUUGGAGAGCUGUUAGAUUUACAAUGCCAACACCAUGGCAGUCAGGAGUGUAUCGUCACACCAUGGACGGGCGCUCGGUGGACGUACAAUGAGCUGAACCAGCAGAGCUCACAGUUGGCGAGGGCGUUGAUGUCACUCGGGAUCGGUGUUGGUGAUCGUGUCGGUAUCAUGGCUGGGAAUUGCGAGCAGUACGCCGCGGUCUUCUUCGCUGUCACGCGGAUCGGCGCUAUACUCGUGAUCUUGAACAACACCUACACGCCGACGGAAGCUAUGUACGCGUUGAAGUUCUCCGACUGCAAGGUGUUCUUCACAACGAAGAAGAUCGGGAGAACAGAUAACACCAAGAUCCUAGCAGAACUCGCGAAGGAGAAGCAAAGCCCCAACAUCGUCAUCCUGAGAGGCGAAUCGGGGUCCUACCCGACGUACGCGGACCUCAUCAAGCAGGGCCGCAGCAUCAGCCCGGAGGACGUCAACCGCGUGAGCAAGAAGGUGCUCGCGCACAACGUGUGCAACCUGCAAUUCACGAGCGGCACGACGGGGCUCCCGAAAGCGGCCAUGCUGACGCACCACAACAUCGUGAACAACGCGCGCUUCAUCGGCGACCGCAUGCGCCUGACGCCCGAGGACGUGCUGUGCUGCCCGCCGCCGAUGUUCCACUGCUUCGGCCUCGUGCUGGGCAUGAUGGCGGUCAUCACGCACGGCGCCAAGAUCGUGUACCCGGAGGAGACCUUCGACCCGGCAGCCGUCUUGCGCGCCAUUUCCGACGAGCGGUGCACCGCGGUCCACGGCGUGCCCGCCAUGUUCGACACGCUGUUCAGCCUGGAGCCGCCGCCGGGCUUCAACUGCGCGAGCCUGCGCACGGGCAUCAUCGCCGGCGCCCCCGUGCCCCGGUACCUGAUGGAGCUGCUGGUCGACAGGUUCGGCAUGACGGAGUUCACGAGCAGCUACGGGUUGACGGAGGCCAGCCCGACGUGCUUCAACGCGUUCACGGACGACGCGAUCGAGAGGCGGCUGACGACGGUGGGCACGCUGAUGCCGCACGCGCGGGCCAAGAUCGUCGACCACGACGGGAACAUCGUGCCCGUGGGCCAGCGCGGCGAGCUGUGCAUCGCCGGGUACCAGCUGCAGGCGGGGUACUGGAACAACUCGGAGAAGACGGCGGAGGUGAUGGCGCGCGACGCCGAGGGCGUGCUGUGGCUGCGGACCGGCGACGAGGCCGUCUUCGACGACGCCGGUUACUGCAGCAUCACGGGCCGCUUCAAGGAUAUCAUCAUCCGCGGCGGCGAGAACAUUUACCCGCUCGAGAUCGAGGAGCGCCUGCUCAAGCACCCCCGGGUCGGCCGCGCCGUGGUCACCGGGCUCAAGGAUGCGCACUACGGCGAGGUCGUUGCCGCGUUCCUGGAGCUGGUGGACGAGGGCGACGCCAAGAGGCCGACCGAUCAGGAGGUCAGGGAAUGGGUCCAGCUCAAGCUGGGGCGCCACAAGGCGCCCGCUCACGUGUUCUGGCUCGGUGAGGCGGGUGUACCGAGGGAUAUCCCGCUUACGGGCAGCGGGAAGGUGAAGAAGUUCGAGAUGGCGAGGUUUGGGGAGGAGAUUUUGCGGACGAGGAGGUUGGAGAAGCUGUAAGGGAUGGUUUUGGGGGGAGAUGGUGGUCGGGUUGGGUUCCCUUACUUUUGACCACGGGAAAGAUGUUGAAAAUGGGGCGACGAUAAUGGUGUUUGAUAGCUGUUUGGGAAAUAGACUAGAGUAGGUGUAUGUUUGGGAACAAUUAUCAUAUCUUCUUUUACCCUUCUCGUUUUAUCGCUCGAUAGAAUAGGCUAAUACUUACCUCUUUCGUCUUGA